AUGCAUCCAGUUCAUCUUGAGGAUUUCAAUCAGUCAAAAAUAUUCUGGUUUAAAAAACAAGGAAUGCCUCAUAAGUGUUACCAUGGCAAAACCAGAAGAGUCUAUAAUGUUACCCAGCAUGCCCUGGGCAUCAUUGUAAACAAGCAAGUUAAGGGCAAGAUUCUGGCUAAGAGGAUCAAUAUGCAGACUGAGCACAUCAAGCAUUCUAAGAGCAGAGACAGCUUCCUGAAGCGGGGGAAGGAGAAUGACCAGAAGAAAAUGAAAGCCAAAGAGAAGGGCACUUGGGUUCAGCUGAAAUGUCAGCCUGUGCCACUCAGAGAAUCACACUUUGUGACGAAUAACGGAAAGGAACCUGAGCUGCUGGAGCCCAUUCCAUACAAAUUCAUGGCCUGA